AUGACCUGUGUUAAAGUGGACAACCUGAACCCGUGUACUACAACCAAUAGCCUGCGGAAUAUCUUCCAGAAGUAUGGGGAGAUUGGAGAUGUGUACAUCCCACGAGACCGCUUUACUAAAAAACGUCGGGGCUUUGCUUUUGUUCGUUUCCUCAACAAGCGCCAUGCUGAGAAUGCCAUUGCUGCCCUAGACGAGAUCCUGGUGGAUGGCCAUGUACUGCGGGUAAAUACGGCACGCUGCAGUCGCCUCCCAGAUACCCACUAUGGCAGCCAUGGGGAAAAUCCUGCGCACAGUUACGAAAGCUGGAGUCGCAGCCCAAUGGGGCAAAGCCAAUUCCAAUCUCAAGGCACAUAUCUCUACAGCCAUGAGAAGUCUCCAUCUCGCUUUCCUGAUGCAUCUCCAUCAACUUCUGAAUCAACAUCAACCAGCUGUUUCAAGCCCAACUUCUCCUGGAAAUCGGGAUCUUCCUCACUAACAACAUUCAGACUGGGAUCCAGAAUCCUUCCAGAAGAGAAGUCCAGAUCGCCACCCAAGAAUCCCUUCAAGUCUCUUGGAGAAGAAGGAGCAGCACCUUACUAG